AUGUCGGAGCUGGACGACCUACGGAAUCGAGAGCUUGCCGAGGAAAUUGAAGCCAUCAAUGCCAUCUACGAACCCGACACCAUCACGGUGACCCGCGCACCGACAGCGCAAUCCAGUACCCUCGAUCUGGGAAGUUCCGGAUCAUCUAGCGACGAGGCGCAAACAACGGUGACACUCCAGAUACCUGGCCAAUCGCAUCUCUCUUUUCGUCUCGGGUUUGGCGCCACAUAUCCCGAGACACAGCCUAUAGUUCUUGGGACUGCGUCGACUGCGGCGCGCGGGGAAGGUAAAAUUGCCGUGGACGUGCUGGAAGAUAUCGUACAGCGGACAUGGCAACCCGGCGCUGUCUGCUUGUUCGAUGUGAUCAGUGAAGCGGUGGAGGUAUUCCCGGAAUUGAAUAUUGGUGGAAGCAAGGACGCCGAGACGACAGACUUUCCUGUCACGACUGGCCACACGUCUAAUCAAACGAGGAGUUCCAAUGGAGCAGCCACAAAACAAGCAACAGAAAGCUUUGCAUCUCUAUCUUUACAAGAUACAUUCGGACUUAAUAAUCCCCCUGAUUGGAUCCUCUCCGAUGUGGUGACGGAAAAAAAGUCCGUGUUCCUCGCCCGAGCAGUCCGAGUAACGAGUCUAGCGCAGGCGCAGACUUUCCUCGACCAUCUGACAGCGACAGAUAAGAAAGUUGCAGUGGCGACACACAAUAUCAGUGCUUGGCGUAUUAAGCAAAAGAAGGACGGCGAGCCUCGCGCCUCGGAUAAGAGCUCUGAUUCUGAUGCGGCGGAGACGGUGGUCCAGGAUUACGACGAUGAUGGGGAAACGGCUGCAGGUGCCCGCUUACUUCAUGUGAUGCAAUUGAUGGAUGUUUGGAAUGUCCUCGUCGUUGUAUCGCGAUGGUACGGCGGAAUUCAUCUAGGGCCUGCGCGGUUCAGACUCAUUAAUGAUGUUGGUCGCGAUGCUUUGGUCAAGGGUGGUUUCACGCGGGAUGAUAAUACGGCUGGUCCUGAUAAGGGCAAGAAGAAGGGAAAGAAAUGA